AUGAGUGAAGGUCUUGUUCUUGAUGUCGAUCACAUUGCGAACAAUAUUCAAACAUAUAUCGAUCAAGAUAAUUUUUAUGAUGUGAUUGAUAAAGAUUUCAUUCCUCAAGUUUUCGAAAAAACAAAACUUAACUCAAACGAUUUCGUAAAACUUCUUUCUCAAGGGAAAUCAAAGUAUAGUACAGCUAGACUUUACAAUCUUUCUCGUAAAUGCAAUGUUUUGGUUAAUUCGUUCGAAGAUGCGAUUAACGUUCUUCAAAUCUACAACAAAAUUUUCAAACUCAAAUCAUCACGCUCAUUAAUUGAUUACCUUGAUAAAUACAAAGUAGAAAAUCAAUCUGAUUCCAAAGAAAUGACAAAAUUAAAAAACGAGAUUGAAAACCUCAAAUCUAAAUUGUCAAUUGUUGAAAAAGAAUUCAACGAAUACAAAAAUGAUUUCUCAAAGAUUUCUGAAUUACGUUCUUGUUCAGAUUUUGAAACAGUUUACAAUUUCCUUCAACAACUUUCAGCUGAAGGUGAUAAACUUAAAAUGUCUAUUUCGUGUGCAGUUGGAUUGAGUGAAAAGAGAAAUUCAGAAGAAUAG